AAAAAAAAAAAAACAACAACCAAUCAAUUCAAACUCUAUUAGCCAUGCUUUGUAUCACUGUGUAAUGACACCCCCUCCUUCGCAUGGCAGACACAUAUACAAUCUGGGUAUAUCCCUCUAACUAUUUUUAGACAUGGUAGGACACAAAGUAGUGCCUUUAAGCAAAAUAGUCCCUAUACUUGCAGAGUGUUUAUUCAUUUAUUGGGACAUUUUAAAUCAGAAUGCUUGACACAUGCCAGAAAAGAGGAUUUGCAAUUUUAAAAACAUGUGUCAAAAUUAAAUUAUCAUUUGAAGAAAAGAAUUGAAAUUGUUUGAUGUACACCCUUUCCAAAACUGAGAAAUUCUUAACUUUUGCUUUCAUUUUCAGAGUUUUUCAAUACAGACGCAUUUUGCCGGAAAACGAAUCUGACUUCAAACCACGAAAUUUUAACAGGAAAGAGACAAUUUGAUGAGCUGUCAUUCAAGAGGUCCCUCGUUGCUGAAUGAAAAUUAGGGCCGGAGCUAUGAACCAUAACGUUAAAAUUACCGCCUAUGGAAAAUGCAUUAGUGGACUAUCCCCAUCUGGAGCAAUACAUCCAUGAUUCACUCUGGAAUGGGGCCAACCCACUUGCAGAAUGUUUUAGCUGCAUGCAACAUCCCACCACCAAACCAAUCAACAAUAAUAAGGCCGAUCUUCGCUAGCCAAGAGGAGCAGAGUGGAUCGUAAACACUUGGCUAGCGAAGAUGAAUAAUGCGAGAAAAGGAAAUGUCCAAAUCCCUAUUAAGUCAGGCAAACAGUCGUGUGAUAGAGCGAGAGAUAAAGAGAAAAACAGCACAGAGAGCACCAGCAUGGAAGCAAGCUUUGACGCAGCAUGGCAGACACGUGGAUCUGGAUGCCAGUAUAACAGUAAUACAGGCCAUAGUAGCAUGAUUGAACCAAAUACAGAUAAAGUGAUAGACUUUGAUUAUCGAACCCGGUUGUGCAGCAUUUGUACUCAUCAUUUUUCGAGAAGAGAGACAGUUCCACCUCAUGUCUGUAACAGUAAUUGGGAAGUUUCAAGUAAGGCAAUGGAGUCAGACAUGGCAGCAAGUAUGUUGAGAGGGCUAAAGGACGAUGGGUUUGAGAUCAGUGCCAUUCAUGCAGACAAUGAUUCCACUACUGCAGCAAGACUGAAAGCAGAAUUCCAAAGUUUGGAAAAAAGAUGUGAUAAAAAUCAUUUGAAGAAAAACAUAACCAAACAAUUAUACAGUCUCUCUGACUAGACAUCCAGUAUUGUCAGACCAAUGAUUUAUUAUAUGUAUUUUAGGGAAAGAUUAAUUUAACCUACAUUGAAUUUGUAAAUAAAGGAUAGGAGUCAUGUCUAAUGGUAUAAAUUAACUCUGUGGUCAUAAAAAUUAAAGCAAACUCGCCAAAAAUCUUGUGAAAUUUGAUGAAUUAAGAGUUUAUUAUAACAUGAAUUUAUUGCAUUUCCCUCUUUGAAUCUUCAUUUAUUUUGAUUGUCAACAUCAUGUAUUGGUUCAUGAGCAAAAUGCAUUAAAAAGUCUGAAAAUGGGGGGGGG